AUGAGCGACUCUGCUAACAUCGUAGCACAGCCAAAACCAUUCAGAGCUGUGCCGUGCCAACCAAAACCACUUAAGAUCGACCAACAAGAUGUUCAGCCAUCCGAUCAAUUGAGUGAGUCAAAUUCAAUGUCAAGCUUCACUGACGAGGAAGUCAAAAAUUUGUUGCUAUUCAAAGAAACGCCAGCAUCUAAUGGUUCAACAAACGCAACACCCAACGGAAGAGACUUAUAUACGCCACCAAACAGAUGUGAAAACCCAGACAUUUCAGAGUCUGUCUUCGAACAAUCCGCUUCAAUUGCUAUCAAUAGUCCGGUACAGGAAUUCACUGGAUGUGGACUUACAGACUUGUCUCCACCACAAUACUCACAAAUCGCAAGAGGGUUCUCCGGGUGGUAA